CGCGCCGAGCUGACUGAGCAGACAUGGCAGCAACCAGCAGCGACAGCAAACCGGAUGAGCCGCAGACAGAUGGAGGGACGGAAGGGGAUAGAUCCAUGUCGAGGUCAGACAGUGGAAGUGGUGACGAUUCCUUGGAUGGCCUCUCAAACCAUGUCCCCCGCUGUCCUUUGACCCCUUCGCUAUCGCCACGAAAACGGACUACAAGCCAGUCCAAGACAGAGCCUCCUCUGCUGAGGACUAGUAAAAGGACGAUCUACACUGCUGGCAGACCACCUUGGUAUAAUGUCACUGGGACAACCUUCAAAGAAGCCUUCGUUAUAGGUCUGUGUGGAGGAAGUGCCUCUGGGAAAACUACAGUAGCCAAUAAGAUAAUUGAGGCGCUGGAUGUCCCCUGGGUGGUUCUGCUUUCAAUGGACUCUUUCUACAAGGUGUUGAAUAAAGAAGAGCAGGAGCUGGCAGCUAAAAAUGAGUACAACUUCGAUCACCCCGAUGCCUUCGACUUUGAGCUGCUGGUCAACAUCCUGAGAAAGCUGAAGAAGGGAAAAAGCAUCAAAGUGCCAGUUUAUGACUUCACCACUCACUCCAGACGCAAAGAAUGGAAAACUGUGUAUGGUGCUAAUGUUGUCAUCUUUGAGGGAAUCCUAGCCUUCGCCAACAAGGAGCUGCUCAAGCUUCUGGACAUGAAGGUGUUCGUAGAUACAGAUUCAGACAUCCGCCUCAUACGGAGGCUGAAGAGGGACAUAUCACAACGUGGACGGGACAUCAGCGGCAUCAUCAAACAGUACAAUAAAUUUGUAAAGCCAGCCUUUGAGCAGUACAUUGAGCCCACUGUGCAGGUUGCUGACAUUGUGGUUCCCAGAGGUGGAGAGAACUUUGUAGCUUUGGAUUUGAUUGUUCAGCACGUACACAGUCAGCUGGAGAAGAGGAAGAUGCGCUGGGAUAUAUCGGCUCUGGCCUCAGCUCACCAGGGUCAGCCAUUACCCAAAACCCUCAGCGUGAUGGAGAGCACGCCACAAGUCCGUGGCAUGCACACCAUAAUCAGGAACAGGGAAACUAACCGAGAUGAGUUUAUCUUCUACUCCAAGAGAUUAAUGAGGCUCCUGAUAGAGCAUGCCCUCUCCUUCCUGCCUCUCAAGUCAGUGUCUGUGGAAACGCCACAGGGUAGCAUCUAUGAGGGGAAGAGGCUGUGCGGUAACAGAAUAACGGGUGUUUCUAUCCUGAGGGCGGGAGAGACCAUGGAGCAGGCUCUGAUGGCUGUGUGUAAAGACAUCAGACUUGGAAAGAUCCUCAUUCAGACCAAUCAUGACACAGGAGAACCAGAGCUUCAUUACCUUCGUCUGCCCAAAGACAUCAGUGAAGACUACGUCAUCCUCAUGGACAGCACCGUGUCCACUGGAGCUGCUGCGCUCAUGGCGGUCAGAGUUCUGCUGGACCACGAUGUAGCUGAGGAUAAGAUCUUCCUGUUGUCCCUGCUUAUGGCUGAGAUGGGGGUCCAUUCGGUGGCCUACGCCUUCCCUAAAGUUCGGAUCAUCACCACCGCCGUAGACAAGGAGGUCAACGACCAGUUCCACAUCAUACCAGGCAUCGGGAAUUUUGGAGAUCGUUACUUCGGCACCGAUGCUCCGUCGGACUGGUGUGAAAGUGACGAGGGGAUGGAGUUCUGAGGAGAGAGGUGCAGGGUUGUUACAAAAGCACUUAGUCACUGGAAGAAGAAGACAGCUGAUUGGUGCCAUUGAUGUCCUCCUGAACAGUCAGCUGUUGCUCUACAAACUGCUUCCCAUUCACAAUGAUAUACUUUAAGGUCAGUUUGGUUAUUAAAAAAGUCAGGAGCCAAAGUUGAAAGCGUUAGCUGUCCUGCAGGAUGCGGGAUGCUUCUAAAAAGAUGAUAUACCAUUAAGUUAUAAUUUAAAAAGGGGAAACCUAAAGCUACCUAUUGAAAAAGAGAACUAAUUCUGGUGUUAAUAAUUUUGCCAGUGAUGUGUUUUUGUUGCUGAAGCUGCAGCCCGUGAGCCUUCAGGGGUGAUGUUUAGAUUUGCAUCAGUUUACUGGAAAAGCUGACCUUCAUAACCUGCAUAAUGUAAAUAAAAUGACUAAUUGACAGAUUUUAAAACCCAGCCGCUAAGUUAACUGGAAGAUCCAGCUCCAGCGACGCUCAGUUAUAAUGAUGUAUAAGCAGUUUAUGAAAAUGGUCACUUCCUGGUGCUGGGUCAGUCAAUAAUAAUGUUAUCAUUUGCUUUGCACAUAUACAUAAAGGCGAGCGUGGAGGUGAUGCGUCUGGCCUAGUUAACGGUGUAGCUUGGUGUUUUUCUCUCCUAGCUUAAAGCUCUCGUAAGAAUCAGUGUAUUCCAGCUUUGCUCUGCUGCUGAAGCUGCAGCUGUCUGUACUGUAAAACACUUUUAUCUCAGGCGACUUCCACUGAAAGGGACAGCAACGACUCAUACUUGAAGAAGACUGACCGAGUGAAAAGGUGAAAGGUUUUAGCUUCCUUUUUAUUCGGUUACUCUCCUGUUAAAUUGUUUUUUUUUUUCUCAGUGUCUUUGACUUUAUGGUUCUUGUACAGCAAUAAGAGAGCCAGGAUAUCCCAGUUAGUUAUUUUUUAUUGAAGCAAUUUAAAUUUUGAGAUUUUAAACAUUUCUGCCAAGCUUCAGCUGCUAAUUGAAUCAACACACAACUAGGGAAUGCUUUGUACUGUAUUUCUUGUCAGCUCUUGACCUGAAGCCCCUGUUACUGUGAGAUUUUAUUGAUUCUCAUCAACAGAAAACAUCUUAAACCAAAUGACAGCAGGGGUCUUUGCUGCUAUAACGUUUUGAUUUAAAACAGAGCUGCAUUCAGAUUUCCCAGAUUUUGAUUGGCUUUAAGUCUUAGUAGCAUUUCAUGUGUAAAUGCCACACACUGCUUCUGUUUGCAGACAUUUUUAAAAAAUGUUUUCUUAUUUAUUUAUUGUAUUGUAUGAGGGUUCUUCACACAUUCAACACAUAACAGAUGUUUAUUCAAACUGCAUCAUGAAAAUGUUGUUUGCAUGUUAUAUGUUUUCAGUUCUGUGCUCUUAUCCAGUGCCGUAUCAUUUUAUUUAAUGACAGUUUGAUUUGAGAAACACAGAUUUAAAAGCAGUUUAAAUUGAGCUCUUUCAGGUGCUUCAAUGCUUAAAAGCCUCACCUGCGUACCUGCUCCUUACAAGGCCUCAUUUCCACCACACAGUGCGACUGAUUCUUGGUACCACCAUUUUUGGUGUUUUAAGCAAGCUAAGAAAAUGCUGAAGUUCUGCAUUUCCAAAGCCACAUACGUGCCAUCGUUGCUCUUCAUGUGUUUUGCUUCGUGUAAUGUUGCACCUUGCUGUGAUGGCUGCUCUUCUCGACGUUGAGGUAAAGUGGGAAGCUGGUACCAAAAAGCGAGUAAAGUUGAUGAUGAGGCUUUGGGGAGCAGGAGCAGCAGCUGUGUGGAUAUUGUUACACAUGUGCCAAAUGUCCACUGUGAGCAAAACUCUAAAGCCGGGAUGUCAAACAUCAGUUCACAGCCCACGAAUGGCCACAAAUAAUCUUAAGUGAGCCACGCCCGUAAGAUUAUGUAUGUGUCGUCUUUGUCUUCUUCUUCCAGCUGCUCCAAUUCAGGGUCACCACAUCGGCCCCUAUCUCACCCUGUCCCUAGCACACCACACCAGUUACCCCACUCCCUCGUUACUUGUUAUUUAUUUACAUUUUCUUGUCUAAUUGGUCAUCCAUUUUGAAACUACAUUUUCUGCAUCCUACAAAAGUGCAAUCUCAACAGUAUGCCUCAGCUUUUCCACAUUCACAGAGUCUGUUGUCAUUUCAGUUACCAAUGACGAAAGUGUUAACUUGUCUAGAUUUAAAACUAUUAACUUUUCAGAUGUUGUCACUCCUUGCUAGUGAAGCUGAGAUCUCUCCCAGUUUUUACACUUUGUGAAGUCAUCAAAUGAGCCAAAAUGGACCUGGUUCUGGUCCCCCCGGGCUGCAUGUUUGACACCCCGUGCUCUCAAAUAACUCUAUUUCUUUUGACUUUAUGCAAACUGAGUCAAUAAAAAAGGUCACGUUAGAGCAAAUUACAACACGUUACUUGAAAAAUGUGUUCUGGGGACAGUAUUGACCUCUCCUUGAGUGAUUUACAUUUUGGUUUCCUGGUAAGCCAUUCCAUUGUCAUUUUUAUGCCAGUUACACCUGUUUGUAAACCAGAAGUCCCAUUGUAAUAACUUUUCUUUCUUUUUUGUUUCAUUUAUCGUAAGUGCCACUUCACUUGAACAGAAUAAAAAUCAUUGCAAUUUG